CACCGCGCAUGUGCAAUCAUUGUGCGGGAAGCACGCCAUUUUGCAGGUUCUGAAGUUCGCCUAGGAAAAAGCCGUCGGUAAAAUCCAUUGCCAUCCUCUACCAGAAAGAGGAACAAUGGAGAACCAAUACGGCAUAGCAAUUAAAAAUCGGUUCCUUACUAUGGUAGAUAUCGAUGACGAUCCUUUAGAGUUUUUGAAGCAGCAAGAGGCAGCCAAGACCAAGAAGGAGAAGUCUUCGAAAUCCAAACAGUCUGGUAAAAAGGUUGCAAACGCUCCGUCCGAAGGCAAAGUCAAGGAACAGAAUGCACAGAGAAAAGAAGAAAAGGAGCGAGUGAAUUCAGCAAAACCCAGUGAGCGCAGUGGUCGUGGAGGGCGCCGUGAACCACGGGAAAUCCGUGAAAAUGAUGGAGAUAGGAGGCCACCCAGGCGCCAAGGGCCACGAGAAUACAGAGACAACCGGGGAGGCGAUGAAAAUGUGCCACCGGAAUUCAGGGAAAGGCCUGAAGGCAGCAGUGGGUCCUUCAACCGUGAAGGUGGUGAAAGGGGGCGAGGAAGAGGCAGAGGAAGAGGUGGAUUCCGUGGAGGCCGUGGAAGAGGAGGCUUCCGUGAUAAUGAUAGAGAGAGAGGGGAGAGGCAAGGGUUUGGGGCUCCCCAAGGCAAAAGGGAUUUCGACAGGCACAGUGGUAGUGAUAAAACUGGUGUGAAGGCAGUUGAGAAGAAAGAUGGAGGUGGUGCCCGCAACUGGGGAUCUUACAAGGAUGACUUGGCGGAACCUCAGGAGACUGAAGAGAGGGCACCAGCAGAAGAAACCACUGAAAACUUUGAGCUCAAUGAAAGCGGCGAGGGUGAACAGCCUGCAGGUGAGUCAGAGGACCAACCUAAGCAGAUGACUUUGGAUGAGUGGAAAGCCCUGCAGAAGAAUGAGCGCAGCAAGCCCAAGUACAAGAUCCGAAAGGCUGGCGAGGGUGAGGAGGCUCAGUGGAGCAAGGGCACAGCCUACACCAAGAAGAGGACUGGAAGCGAAGAUGAAGAGGAGGAGGAAGAAGAUGAUGAAUUUGAGGAUGAGAAGAGACAUGGUAACAAGAACCUUUUGGACAUCAAGAUAACAUUCAACGACCCUGUAAGGAGAGGUCGUGGUGGCAGGAGACCACGAGAUGGCCGUGGUAGAGGCCGUGGAGGAAGUGGUCGGGGCGAGAGGAAACCCCGUGAUUCUGCUCCAAGGAUGGAUGAUGAAAAUGAUUUCCCUCGUCUCGUUAAAACCGAGUCGUGAGAAUGGUGCAUUGUGAAUUGCACCUUAUCCUUGCAUUGCACAGUGGUGGAGCUGUCCAUUGAUGUUUUGAUUUCAGUAGUUUGCCAAAUCAACAUGUCCGAUGAAAUAAUAAGAAAAAAAUUGACACCAAAAGUAUCUUCAGACAAGCAUUCAGAGACUGCUGCAAGACUAAUACAGCAAUCAUUUCAUGCCCACUUUUGCAUAUGAAUAUGUACCUCUCUGCAUUUUUUCAUCAACCAUUGGAAGGUGUGUAUGGGAUCUUUGUUAUAAACUUCUUGUGAUAGUGCGCCAGGACAUGGUGCAUGUUGAUGUACACACCCUUGAGAGCUGCUGUGGAGUGCUAUGUUUCAAGUGCUGUCGUUAAAACUGUGUCCUCAAGACGCCAGUCUUUUUGUUUUGUUACGAAAUGAAUAUAUGAAUUAAAUGGUUCCUGAAGUGCUAGUAACUGCAGAUUGACUUUGAUUGUUCAGGGAGACCCUUGAUGGAUGAACAUGACAAUGCAGGACACCUACUUGAGAUUCUCUCAGGGUUGGUGGUCAGCCAUCGGUGAAGAAACAUUUGUAGACAAUUGUGAUGAUAUAUAUUAUAUUCCCGUUUUCAGUGUAAAAUUUUGUGUACAUCUUAAUAGUUUAUGGACUAACUUAAGAUGUCUUGUGAGAAUACGUGGGUAUUCCAAUGCCCUCAUAAUACUGUUUUUUGUCCAGAGUACUGGACGGUAGGUGAAAGAAGAAGUAAUGUUAAGAUUUGAUAUACUGAGAUUUAAGCUUUCAAUAUUUUUAUACUGCCAAAAAUCAUUUUGAGACUAGUUUAGCAAUUUGUAGUUACAAUAUACCCUCAAGCAUGUUGAAGUUCCUUGUUUUGGUUUUGUUACAUGGUCAAAGAAAUUAUGUUAUUUUAAUGUUUUGUUCCUUUUAAUUAAUGAAUCUGUGCAUGUCAAUUGGCUUUGAUUUCUGUCUGAAUCCCGUGAAACUAUUCAGACCUCAUGGCGAGGCCACAGAUAGCUCAUUUAGGGUGAAUAGUGUGGUCAGGGAAUCUCUUGUAUAAGGUUCCAUAUGCAAACUGUACAUAUUUGCAAGCUAUCGCACAGCCACACAUUCCUUACAAGUGUAAUAUCUGGCCUAGUAUUAUCAUUGUACAUUAAUAACAUUAAUCUCAUCCAACUCAGAAGUCCAUUGCUUGGCUGUCAUCUGUAAUCUGAUUUUGUUACUUAGGGGGAAAAGCAUUGCCAUCCGCCGGCAAGCAAGUCUGUAUGCAGGGGCAUGUAUCAUCGAAGUUGCUAUGUACCUUGACUGAGUCAGAUUGUCGGCCAAGGUACGAGAGUGUCAUGUCGUUGCUACUGUUUGGUGUUUUCACUGAGAAUGCUGGUGAGGGGCAGCAGUUUCUUGGACAGCUAUCACUGUAGUUAUUUAUUUGAAAAUAACAACCCAUCUUUCUGGA